CUGACGCGUUACCAUCCAUAUUUAUAUUUAUUUCUCUUUCUCUCUUUCUCUCUUCUUAUUUCUAUCCAUUAAUCUUUGUCAUCAUCAAUCUUUCUCUUUCUCUCCCUGUCCCUCACACUCUCUUUCUCUCUUCGUUCAUUCACGUCUCUUUUGAUGAUCGUUGAAAAAUGUUGAUCGGUACCGUCGUAUCAUCAUCUUAUCGUCAACGCACCCGUCGCUCCUUGCCGCCGGGUCAUCGUAAGACUUGAACAUUUUUCUAAACAAUUUGGACGAAGGAUCGUUCGCACACAUGCGCCACGUUCGGAAAGACUAUAAACAGCAUUGAAUGAAAGAACUUUCCUAGAGGAUAACGGAGCCAGUCUAACGGGGGAUUUCGAAGAGGAAGGUACAUCGAAGGUACAUCGAAGGUACAUCGAAGGUACAUCGAAGGCACAUCGAAAGAUCACGAAAUUAUUCGAUAUGAGAAAAUACGAAUAUUCAAAUCGUUGGCUUUCUCGUGAAACGAAAUAUUUUUCAAGGAGAGAAGAAAAAUGAAAAAAAAAAAAAUGUAGCAAACGUGCGGAUAAAUAUAAAACGAUAAAAGAUACAUUAUUCACAUUCCGAUGAAAGAAAGUGAGAAAGAAAUGUGAGAUUCGCAAAUUAGCGAAUGAAAUUUGGACGAUUUGUCGGAUCCAAUCGUUGACUACAGGAUAAGUAGAGAGAAAGGGAGAAAAUGAUAGUCGUAAGUUGGAAGAUGCAGCUGCCUAGAGGAAGAGAUCAAACGGACAUGGACAAAUAAAUAAAAAAUGGAUGGCCUCGAUACAAGAGGUAACAGCGAGGAUCUCUGCGAUAAACAGUAUUUACAUUUUACUGCACCGCACGGAGAACUGUGGUGCAAUCCUGUCUGGGAUUUGUUGCUUUGUUGGCCACCUACGAAAGCUCUCGAAACGGCCAGAGAAAGAUGCCCAUUCAUAGGCGGCUUCGAUACGACAAAAUUCGUGGAGAAGAAAUGUGGCUACAACGGACGAUGGGAAGGACAAAAUGGAAGUCUGAGCGGCGGGGAGUCGGAUCACGGAUGGGCAAAUUACACGACCUGCAUGACACCGGAAAUGCUUCGCAUUCACGAAAAGGUUUAUACAAAUACGCAAGAGGGAGAGAUGAAAAUGGACAUAGCCGAAAAAACGCGCACCCUCGAAUUCGUCGGAUUGAGUAUAUCGUUGGUGGCUUUGCUCGCUUCUUUGGCUAUUUUUUGUCGAUUCAGGUCCUUGAGGAACACCAGAACGAGGAUACACAAGAACCUGUUCGUUGCCAUGGUUGUCCAAGUUUUAAUAAGAUUGACUUUGUAUAUAGACAUCGAACUUUUGAGGAGAAAAGUACACAGUCCGCAACGUGGUAUAGGAAAUACUCCGUUUCUCUGCGAGGCUAGUUACGUUUUCUUGGAGUACGCAAAGACCGCCAUGUUUAUGUGGAUGUUCAUCGAGGGUCUUUUCCUUCAUAACAUGGUCACCGUGACCGUCUUUCAAGAGACUUCUUAUUACCGUAUAUAUCGAUUCGUGGGUUGGGGAUGUCCCGUUGUGAUAACGUUGAUUUGGGCCAUUGUCACGGCACUUUACUAUCAUCCGAAAUCCAAAUUUUCAAGAUGUUGGUCGGGAUAUAAUUUGUCUUCCUACUUUUGGAUUCUCGAAGGUCCGAGAUUCGGUGUAAUACUGCUAAAUUUUUUGUUCCUGCUCAACAUUAUACGCGUGUUGGUGGUGAAGCUACGGCAAAGUCAUACCAGCGAGAUUGAAAAAGUUCUAAAAGCUGUAAGAGCAGCCGUUGUUUUAUUGCCCUUAUUGGGUAUCACCAACGUUUUAUUCAUGAUCGAAGCACCGCUGGAUAACGUGAAAAAAUUUGCGUUGUGGUCGUACUCGACGCACUUUCUUACGUCUUUCCAGGGCCUCUUCAUCGCGACUCUCUAUUGCUUUCUCAAUGGCGAGGUGAGACUAGCUCUAGAUAAGACUAUCACCGUCUAUCUUUCCCUAAGAGGAACGGAUCUUCAAGCUAGAAGACAGUCGACUUACAGCGGUUGUCAGCCUUAUCGAAUAACCUCGGAACGGCGUUCUGAUUAUGGCAGUUCUUGCGAAUCUUCGACAUCGAAAAAUAAAUCUCGUGCCAAAACAUCCCCUCGUGCUAUCGAACAUGCAACGAUGCCUUUGAAUUCGGCGACGACCACUGCAACAACGACCACGACCACGACAACGACGACCUCGACAACGACGACCUCGACAACGACCACGACCACGACCACGACCACGGAGCAACCAGCGAGCAAACCAGAUUACGCGAUCACCGUCGAAACAUCUAUCGUCCAAUCUCGAUGUAUCGAGUAUGGUGUAAUAAGAUUCGAGGCUAACUCGAUUAAACUGAAAUGAAUCUCUUGGAAGUACUCAAUCUCUAAAUAAUAAUCCGAAAGAAUGCAAUGAGUAAUUGUGAUCUAUUGAAAAAAAAAAAAAAAAAAAAAACUAUAUAGAAAAUUCGUGGAAAUACGUAGAUCGAAUAUAGACGGACGAGUGGCUAUUGAAUAAUUGCACGUAUGUACACAUACCUAUAUUAUAAUAUAUAUAUUUAAUAUUAAUAAUAUAAAUAUAAUUAUAUAUAUAUAUAUAUAUAUAUAUACGUUCGACGCAACGGUCUGCGAGAGAUUCAUUAUUUGUUAAGGAGUCUGCAUAUACGUAUACCCAUACGUAUUGCACCGAAUCGUCGAGUUCUUUUUUAUUCUAGGUGUGUGUAUAUGUCAUAUAACUUUUAUGUGCACCCACGUAGAAAUAAGAAAUAAUAUUGUCGAAUGUACGAUGUGGUCCAGUGAAAGAUGAUUUGGCAUUUUAUAAAUAUUUUCAAUGAGGAUAUUCGUGUGCUUGAUCAAGAAAAUAUUGGCCAAUUCGCAGCACGUCAAUUUCGAUGAUUAUUCAACUAAUCAUCUUAGCUUAUGUUCAAAUUAAUUUCGAUAAUUGCGUAUUCAUUAUUAUCAUUGUUCAACCUGCAAACUAUAAAAAAGUUGCGUGGCAAAAGUGUCCUUAUAUCUUUUAGAAAAAUCAAUAUAACGAUUAGUUGUGAGAGAAUCAUUUAGACAUUAUCCAUUACAUUAUCCAUGAAAAAUUGAUUCUUUUCGUCUCCUCUCUCUCUCUCUCUUUCUUUGACGUAGUUGGUACCUGCUUAAACAUUACUUGAUUUUCAUCGAAAUUGUAAGUGCUCGCGAAUUUAAGUCAUUCCAAAAUGAUCAAUAUCAUUUGUUUCUCGCGUCUUUGUAGAAUCGAUACUCAUCGAUUGUUAAUAAAAAGCUUGGCUUGGUCCAUUUGUCAUAUCCAAAAUAUGAAUAAAACAAUGGAAAAGAAA